AUGAAAUAUCGGACAAUGCUCAAUUUACAAAAGUGUUUAUAUUUCAAUGUUUAUGUUUAUGCCAUUUGGUUGGUUGUUAUUGCCUUCUUCCUAUAUGUGAAGCUUGAUAAACUUGGACAUUUGUCUAAAUAUUUGUCAGUAACAGUGUACACAUUAAUAUUUAUCAUAGAAUUUACAAGACUUUAUUUAGCUCAUUAUGGAAAUUUGUCAUUCAGAGUUCCUGAAUUGGCAGGUUUUUUAAUUCUUACUAUAUUAAUGCAAAUGCCACUUGUAACUUACUUUUUAUUUAAUCCAUUUUUGUUGAGUACACCCACAGAAUACACAUUGCAUGCUACUUUAUGGGUUAUUACCUUUGUGGAAAUUAUACUAGGUUUAUUAGCUUUAAAACAAGCAUCAUCAGUUGCUAAAAGCAUUUAUUUGUCACAUUCAGACAACAGGUGA